AACGCCUUCGCGCAAUCACCACUGCACCGCUUCUCAUCAAUUCUAAUAUUCGAAAUAUGGACAACGCCCCCUACGUACGACCGCAGACUCCCCAAGCCCUCCUCCACCACUUACCCUCCAAACCCUCACCCUCCGAUUCCCCCAUUACCAAACCCAACAAAUUCAUCAUCCUCCUCCUUGCGCCAACAUCAGUCGCUGGAAAAGUCCAGAUAGCCACGUCAGUCGCAAAAGCACUUUCGUGUCCGCUAUUCCAGGGCGAUUCCUUGCACGAGAGUAAUGCCAAAGUGGCAGCCGUGGGCGCAGCAAGAAGCGAGGAUGGCGGAAUGGGAAUAUAUCAAAGGAUGUGGUUGCGGAAGAUGACGAGAACGGGCCUGCUGUUCCCGGAGGAAUCAAGGCCCGCGAAUACGAGCGAGGGAUUUGUUGGAUUCGGUGGUGGGGAGGAGUCGAGAAGCACAAGCCGGAGAGGAUCGGUGGAGUCGGUGGCAUCAAGUGCGAGCUCUGUGGGCGCCACACCAUCUGACAACGUCGGUUAUAUCAACCAGUCGGUUUUUGCCAUCUCCGAGCAGGAACAACGCCGAAAAUCCAAUCCCGCUUUGAUGGUCUUGACGCAUCCGGAGCUGGAGCCAUGGCACAAAGACGCCAUUCGGCAGGCUACAGGAGAAUAUAGGAUAGGCAUCAUUUUUGUACCUUUAUACAAGGCGGAUACUGAGCAAGACGAUGAAAAUGAAGAAGAGGAAGAAUUUCCAGUGCUUAAACCAUUAGAUCCUGCCACAAUUCGUGGCUUCACGAGUUUCGACGCGCUUAGGGCCGCCGCAGGAGGUGGUGAUGGAGAUCGUCUAGGGAAAAAACUGAAGUAUGGGAAGGGGAAGGAAGGGAAUUUAGAGGAGGAGAUGGUGCUGAAAGUUGAUAUUAAUGGAGGCGUUGAGGAGAUUAUUGAAGAAAUUGUAGAUGGAGUGAGAGAUGUCAUGGGUGCGUAAAUAAUAGGUAUGUUUUAUAACUAGAUUUGUAGCUUCUGCUCAACCUCGAUUCUGAGGAAAGUAAGUUGCAAAUUCGGCGGAGGCUAGAAAAGUGCAGAUGCCAGUAUCAGCAUUGCAACGAUAGAGCAGGCCCUGAGCUGCCUAUACGCGUCAUUGAGGCGAACAUUGGAAUGAGUGGGAGUGCUCACUUUUACCUUCAUCAUACCCAUAGACAACGAGCUCAGUACGUCACACUAAGUUCCAGCUAGGGGGAGACUACCUCUCCCAAUAUAACCAAGGAACUGUAGAAGAAUACUCAGACAAUCUCUGCUUCGAA